AAAAAAAAAAAAAAAAACUUUCCAUCUCCGUUUUCAAAAACACCGAAUCCAAAAACAGUAACAGCCAUUAUUGCGGUGCCCACUUCGGCGAAACUUCCAGCCCCAAUUUUCCUCUGAUUCCGAUUUCUCAAAUAUUCAGUUUUUCAAAAGAGAACUCAGAAAAAGCUUCCCCACUUUCUUCUAAAAGAAAAAGAGCUUCCCCCACUUUCUAAUCAUAUUUUUAUAAUCGAUUAAUUAGAUCCACCAACCCAUUAAUCUACUAAUUAAACCUAACUCAGUCUCCCUCUCCCUCUCAUCGCUGCAAGUCGUCCAUUGGCGGCUGCUCGCCAUGUUUCAGAGCCCUCCUUCCUCAGUUUUGGUGGGUACGCCAUCAAAAUCUUACCUGUUUGUGGCUUGCGGUGGAAGCGACACUUGGCGCGUAAUUUUCGGCAAAGGUGCGGAUUUCGACUCGUUCGGUUGAUUUUUGUGGGCUGCAUUCGGAAGGGAAAAGGGAAACAGGAUUCCUUUUAGAUUUUGGGAAUUUAUUCUGAGUUGGGUUAAUGGGUGGGAGAAGUUCAAAAGAGGGGAGCUAUAGGCCGGAUUCGUCUACUCGUUGGAGUUCUGCGUGGGACGGCUAUACGGAUGAUCAACCAACAUAUUCUGAAUCGUCAUACGCUCAACCAUCAUAUGGUCAAGAAAGUAGCCAUCCACCACCACCCCAGGAAUCCUAUCAAAUAGCACAGCCUUACUAUGCCCCCGAGUACGCUGCUCCUGCAGUGCCUCGGCCGGCUGCUCCUGCAGCCCCUCGGCCGGCUGCUCCUGCAGCCCAUCGGCCUCAGGAGAAGAAGUUCGAUAGGAGAUAUUCUAGAAUUGCUGAUAAUUACAAUUCCCUGGAGGAGGUGACGGAGGCUCUUGCGCGUGCUGGUCUCGAGUCUUCGAAUCUUAUCGUCGGUAUUGAUUUCACAAAGAGCAAUGAAUGGACAGGUUCGAGGUCAUUUAACCGAAAAAGCUUGCAUCACAUUGGGAAUGUGCCAAAUCCCUAUGAACAUGCGAUAUCCAUAAUUGGAAAAACCUUGGCUGUUUUUGAUGAGGAUAACCUAAUUCCCUGUUUCGGCUUUGGUGAUGCGUCAACCCAUGAUCAAGAUGUCUUUAGUUUCUAUGAUGAUAGAUAUUGCAAUGGUUUUGAGGAAGUAUUGACUCGCUACAGGGAAAUUGUUCCUAAGCUACGGCUUGCAGGACCGACUUCAUUUGCACCUGUAAUUGAACAGGCCAUGACUAUUGUUGAGGAGAGUCGCGGCCAGUACCAUGUACUGUUGAUUAUUGCAGAUGGCCAGGUAACUAGAAGUGUUGAUACUGAACAUGGCAGGCUGAGCCCUCAGGAGCAGAACACAGUUAAUGCCAUUGUUGCAGCAAGCAAGCUCCCUCUAUCAAUUAUAUUAGUUGGUGUUGGAGAUGGGCCCUGGGACAUGAUGAAAGAAUUUGAUGACAAUAUUCCUACUCGGGCAUUUGAUAAUUUCCAAUUCGUGAAUUUUACGCAAAUUAUGUCAAAGAACGUGCCACCAUCAAGAAAGGAGACGGAAUUUGCUCUAGCAGCCUUGAUGGAAAUUCCUUCUCAGUAUAAAGCGACAUUAGAACUUAGUAUACUGGGCAGUCGGAAGGGCAAUAUUCCUGAGAGGGUUCCUCUUCCCCCACCAGUGUAUGGUGCGUCAUCUUUCAGCAGCUCAAAACCUUCCCGUGGUACCAGUUUCAGUACACCAUCUUUCACGAAACCUUCUCAAACUACCAGUUAUGAGCGUAGUGUUCCCCCUUAUUAUGGAGACAGCAGUUCCGUCGGUACAGCUCCAUCUGCUCCCAGUUCUACCUAUGAUAAUCAGGUUUGCCCCAUUUGCCUUACGAAUCCAAAAGACAUGGCCUUUGGUUGCGGGCAUCAGACAUGUUGCGACUGUGGACAGAAUCUUCAAACGUGCCCAAUAUGCAGAACGGCAAUCCAAACCCGGAUAAAACUGUAUUAAGGACGACCCUCUUUCGUGCCAGAGUGCUGACAUUGUUUGUAUUGGGUUUUUUAUUUUAUUUUAUUUUUAUAUUUUUAAUCACAUUCUUUGUAGUCCAUUGCUUUGGAUGAUCAGCAUAUGAUGAUAAUGAUCCGAGUGUCUGGUAUUUUUUUGGGUUGUUUAAAAAGAAAAAGAAAUGAAGUGCUGCCCUUUGUACA